AUAAUCAUUAUUCGCACGCGGCUCCUCUUGGUUUGUCGAUCUCGUUAUUGUUAGAGCAACGUGAUUCUGAAUAUUGACGAAUUUUACUGCACUGGAAUAAUAACAAUUUUCUCAAAAUGUCGACGAUGGCGAGUCCUUUAGCCGUUGGAGGCAUACGACAGUCGGGAGCACCGGUGCGAACACAAAAUGUCAUGGCUGCCUGUGCUAUCGCUAAUGUAGUUAAAAGUUCUUUGGGUCCGGUUGGUUUGGAUAAGAUGCUGGUUGAUGAUAUUGGUGAUGUCACUGUCACCAAUGAUGGUGCAACCAUCUUGCGUUUGUUAGAGGUUGAACACCCAGCUGCGCGGGUUUUAGUUGAGUUAGCUCAGUUACAAGAUGAAGAGGUUGGAGAUGGUACUACUUCAGUUGUAAUAAUAGCAGCUGAGCUUCUGAAAAAUGCAGACGAACUUGUGAAGCAAAAAAUUCAUCCAACAUCUGUGAUUAGUGGCUACAGGCUUGCCUGCAAAGAAGCAUGCAAAUACAUUCAGGAACACUUAACGGUUAGUGUGGAUGAACUUGGAAGGGAUUGUUUAGUCAACGUCGCAAAAACAUCUAUGUCAAGCAAAAUAAUUGGAGCUGAUGCCAAUUUCUUCGGCAACAUGGUAGUUGACGCUGCUAAUGCGGUAAAGAUUAACGAUGGCAAAGGAGGCUUUUUAUACCCCAUUAAGGCAGUGAAUGUUUUGAAGGCUCAUGGAAAGAGCGUUCGAGAGUCAGUUUUGGUUCAAGGAUAUGCCCUAAAUUGCACUGUUGCUUCCCAGGCGAUGCCGAAGAGAAUAGCAAAUGCAAAGAUCGCCUGUUUAGACUUCUCGUUGCAAAAGGCAAAGAUGAAGUUGGGUGUUGAAGUACUUAUUACAGAUCCCGAAAAACUCGAAGCAGUUCGCCAACGCGAAGCAGAUAUUACUAAGGAACGCAUUCAGAAAAUUCUCGCUGCUGGAACUAAUGUCGUUCUUUUAUCUGGCGGCAUUGACGAUUUAUGCUUAAAGUAUUUUGUGGAAAAUAAAACGAUGGCAGUGCGUAGAUGCAAGAAAGUUGAUCUGAAAAGAAUUGCGAAAGCUACAGGCGCCCAUUUCUUAACUUCACUUACCAAUAUGGAAGGAGAGGAGAGUUUCGAUGCCAGUUUCUUAGGAGAGGCCGCUGAAGUAGUGCAAGAGAUGAUAUGUGACGACGAACUUAUUCUCAUCAAAGGGCCGAAGGCACGUACAGCAAGUUCUAUUAUUUUACGUGGACCAAAUGAUUAUUAUUGUGACGAAAUGGAACGUUCCAUACAUGAUGCGUUAUGCGUUGUCAAAAGAGUUUUGGAAAGCAAAAGUGUCGUCGCAGGAGGAGGUUGCGUGGAGGCUGCACUCUCCAUUUACUUGGAAAACUUUGCGACAUCACUGAGUUCUCGGGAACAAUUGGCUAUAGCAGAAUUCGCACGAUCUUUACUAAUUAUACCGAAAACGUUAGCUGUGAACGCUGCACAAGAUGCAACUGAUCUCGUUGCUAAGCUCCGAGCCUAUCAUAAUUCCAGUAUAACAAAACCAGAUCUUGUCGAUCUGAAAUGGGUGGGUCUCGAUUUACUCGUAGGAAAUAUAAGAGAUAACAAAAAAGCUGGCGUGUUGGAACCAGCCAUUUCGAAAAUUAAAUCUUUGAAGUUUGCCACCGAAGCAGCUAUAACUAUUCUUCGAAUUGAUGAUAUGAUCAAACUGGAUCCCGAACGUCCGAAAAAUAAAUCCUAUCAAGACGCCAUGGAAGCGGGCGAAUUGGAGGAAUAAUAUUAAAGUGCAUUUAUCUUACAUUAGAAAUAGUAAAUUAUAAAUAUUUGUAGCAAUAAUUAUAGUAUUGCAACCUGCAUUCCCUUAUUUUUACAUCCGCGUUAUCUAUUAUAUUAGAUACGAUACGUUAAAAACGUAGAAAAAAGUAGAUGUAAAAGAUUUAUAGACCUUUUAUAUUUUUCUUGUAUGAACGUAUGAUAUUUAAUAAAUUACGGGUAUAAUACGAGAUGAAAAAAGAAUGCAGAUUAUAAUUUAAAUAUUGUUACAAAUAUUGUAACUUACUAUUCGCACAUUACAUGUAUUACACAUUUUAAUUCUGUGUGUUAUUAAAAUGCUACCACUUAAAAAUUUAAAAUAAAUCAUUUUCAUAAAAUAAUGCCGUACUCAUUUAAUUGUAUUAACACAAAUCGUAAAAGAAUAUUAAAUAGAAAUCAAGGAAA